GCCCCGUGCCGUACCGCGUGAAGACGUGCCGUGUCUGUCCGCUGUGAGCCGCCGCCGCCCGUGACCGUGUCAGUCCACCGCCCGGCGCCGCUGCUCUCCACGGCCGACCAAGCCGCGCGCCGACAGGAGUGGACCGUCUGCCGCUGAUGACACCAUGGUUUGCUCAGCUGUAGACAUGAGCUCGUCGCCACUGAAAUCGUCAUUCAGCAUCGACGCGCUCCUGCACAACCCGUUCAAGUCGGCCGCCGCGCUGCCGCCAGCCGAGGCCGCCGAGGCCGACGUCGCCUCCGACGACGGCAUCGUCGAGAGCGACGUGGACGUCAUCGGCACCGACGAGGACCUCGACAACUCGCGCGAGGGCGACGAGAAACUCUCGGACGCCGAGCCCGCCGAGGAGGCUAAGUCAGAGACGAAGGGGGACGACAAGAGCGACGAGAAGGCCGAAAAGAAGAAGUUUGAGAAGCCUCCCUACAGCUACAACGCCCUCAUCAUGAUGGCGAUCCGGAGUCACCCUCAGAAGCGGCUCACUCUCAGUGGCAUCUACGAGUACAUCCUGAAAAACUUUCCCUACUACCGCGAGAACCGGCAGGGGUGGCAGAACUCGAUUCGGCACAAUCUCAGUCUCAACAAGUGUUUCGUCAAGAUCCCCCGCCACUACGACGACCCCGGCAAGGGCAACUACUGGAUGCUGGACCCGUCCUCUGACGACGUGGUGAUCGGCCCGACCACCGGUAAGCUGCGGCGGCGCUCGUCCACCGCCGCCCGUAACCGGCUGGUGGCGUUCCGGCACGGUCUCACGGCGCUGCCGUUCCCGGCGCUGUACCCGGCGGCGUACGCGGCCGGGGCGGGCCGGCUGCCGGGCCCGCUGUACCCGCCGGCGGCGGCGCUCUACUACCGCGGCGUGUACCCGGGCCUGUACGGCCCCGGGCUGGGCGCGCCCGGCGCCGAGCGGCCGCCCUACCUGGGCUCGCCGUUCUCGCUGCCGACCGGCGCGCCGCCGACGCCGAGCGCGCCCGGCGGCCCGCCGCCCACACCCUCGGCCGCCUCGCUCUACGACCUGUACAGCAAGCUGCCGUCGCGGCUGGUGUCGGCGGCGUCUGCGGGCGUGUACGGCGGCUCGCUGCUGCCGGCCGGUCUGGCGGCCGCUCUCCCGGCGCCGCACCGCUCGCCGCUCGGCUCGCCGGCCGGAGAGUCCGAGCCGGCCGCCGGAGCCGACCCGGCCGCCGGCGAGCGCCGCGACUGAGCCGGCGGCCCCCAGCUAGUGCAAUACGCCCGCCGCCGCCGCCCCAGCCCCGACCGCCGCCCCGGCCCCGGCGUGUAUCGAUCGCCGAGACCUACCGACCACUCCACGGCAGUGGCCCGCCACCCAGGUCCAAAGCUAGGUAGGUUUUAGUCAAACGACAAACCUGACUUGUCAGAAAUUUAGAGGGGGCCAUUUAUCUGGAAGACAAGGCGAUACUGGUUGUAGCAGAUUUUGGUGUAUGUGGAUGUGUCGCUGUAAAGUGUUAUUCAAUGGUAAAUUUCCCACUCAAAUUAAAACAGUCUACGUUUUCAAUUUCGAAUGUUAAAGACAGACUGUAUGUUUUUGAGCUAGCAUGUUCCUCAAUCUUGGAGAAAUCCAAAAAGCAAGUUUCUUUUUCAGUUGCUGGAUUUUUAUUAGCUCCGACAGAUGGUUUUUUGACUGGCUCUGAAUGCGCCGGUUGGCUGAAAUACUCAUACUAGUUUCGCCCCUCCCCACAUCACCAUUAUGCGAGCCCUCUUUCAAAUCCCGCUUCUCCGAAAGACGUCUUGGCGGUUACUUCCAAAUCCUAAUCCGCUCUUCAUGAAGGUCUUGUCUCGCUCGGGGUAGACUCAGAAAUAAGCUAGGUGGAUCUAGUCCUCUGAUAUACCCUGGUGCGGACAGCCUAACCCGACCCGACCCGACCCGUCCCGAACCCUGAGAUAUUGUUCCUGUCGCGGCGGCGGUGCACCUUCUUUCACAAACCACUCUGUUGUUUUAUUUAUGGCGGGUAGGUGUUAGCCCGUCGCUGGUGUCUCGGUAUUCGUUUCGUUUCGUUACGUACUUGCAGUCGGCCGCGUUGCGCCGCUACGUUGUGUCGGGUUCGCGCGCGGCCCGUCGAUUGGAAUACGGUAUUACUGGUGUGUCAAGUCGACUCGUUGAUGCUGCGUGACUUAGUCAGCCGCACCUGCGGCAUAGACGCUUAGCGACAGAUGCCUAUCGUUCGUGUGUAAAGCCCUAUGUGCUGUGUUGCUUGUAUGUACAAUAAAGAGUCUAUUGUAUGUCA